AUGACCCAGUUGACAUACGCUGAGGGAUUGAUUCAGCAAUAUGCUUCCCUCUUCAAGGAAGCUACUUCUCAUAGCCUUACGACCGAGCUCUGUAAGGGUACGUUAUCCGAUGCCAGGCUUUUAGUCUAUUUGAUCCAGGACUUGCUCUAUUUUAACGUCGGGUUGAGGCUCUUUGGCAGAGCGUUGACUCUCUGUGACGACGUUUCGGCGUCCAUUGUGAUUGCCAAGCAAAUCGGUUUUGUCUCCAACGCGGAGAAUGACUAUUUUUACAAGGCCAUCGAGGAACUCUCCACCAGCUUUUCUCCAGAACAGGUCAGGCAGAUGGAACAAACCAUAUUGCCAGCCGUCGAAAUGUAUAUUGCGUAUAUGGAGGAUUUGACCCACAAUCCUUCUAUCACAUACGCGCAGGUAAUCACCUCUUUGUUCGUUAUGGAGCGCGUGUACUUGGAGUGGGCCGACAAUGCCAUCACGGACCAGAUUAUCCCCACCAAACUUGCCUUCAAGUACAACGAAUGGAUUGUAUUGCACAGUGGCGAGGCAUUUACCCAGUUCGUGAAGUUUUUGGAAAGCGAGGUUAACCGCUGCGGCGAUUCGGCUGCCUCCAGAAACAGCUUUUUGGCUACGUUGGAGUACGAAGUGGGGUUCUUUGACGAAUGCUACGACCAGGAAUUGUUGAAAUAG